AUGGCAGUUGAUCACAGAGCAUCAGCUGAUCACAGAGCAGCAGCUGAUCACAGAGCAGCAGCUGAUCACAGAGCAACAGCUGAUCACAGAGCAGCAGUUGAUCACAGAGCAACAAUUGAUCACAGAGCAGCAGCUGAUCACAGAGCAACAAUUGAUCACAGAGCAUCAGCUGAUCACAGAACAACACAUGACCCCAGGGCUGGAGCUCCCAUUAUAGGUCCUGGAACUUCUAUUAUAGGUCCUGGAGCUCCCAUUAUAGGUCCUGGAACUUCCAUUAUAGGUGCUGGAACUUCCAUUAUAGGUGCUGGAGCUCCCAUUAUAGGUGCUGGAGCUCCCAUUAUAGCUGCUGGAGCUCCCAUUAUAGGGCCUGGAGCUCUCAUUAUAGGGCCUGGAGCUCUCAUUAUAGGUCCUGUAGCUUCCAUUAUAGGUGCUGGAGCUCCCAUUAUAGGUGCUGGAGCUCCGAUUAUAGGUCCUGGAGCUCCCAUUAUAGUUCCUGGAGCUCGUAUUAUAGGUCCUGGAGCUCCCAUUAUAGUUCCUGGAGCUCCUAUUAUAGGUCCUGGAGCUGCUCCCAUUAUAGGUGCUGGAGCUCCCAUUAUAGGUCCUGGAGCUCCCAUUAUAGGUCCUGGAGCUCCCAUUAUAAUUCCUGGAGCUCCCAUUAUAGAUCCUGGAGCUCCCAUUAUAGGUGCUGGAACUUCAUCUGGAGCUCACAACGUCACUACAACAUAUAUUGAACGCAAAGUGAACACAAAGGUAUAUCUUGAACGCAAAGUGUCUGAAAUUGAAACUAAAGAGAGAGUUUAA